GAGAGGGUGCUCCGGGUUCCGCCGAGAACGCUCCUUUGCAGGUGGAUGGUACCCGAGCCGACUCGAAGCAGAGGGCCGGCUCGAAAACCAGGGCCGGCUCGAAGCAGAGAGCGGGCUCGAAGCAGAGUGCUGACUCCGCAACAAGAGCUACAGAGGCUGUCAGCACUGUCAGCAGCGGCGAGUCGACUCAGCGAGACACCCAGGCAGUCUCUGAAGGGACGGGCCCUGCACAAAAUACUGCGCGCACAGACCAAGAGGGCAAGGCAUUUGCGCAGGCUGAGCAUGGCGGCCCAGGCCCGGUGCUGCGCGAGGUCACGGAAGCACCGGAGGCGGACGAGCUGCUAGAGGCCCCCGGACGGCACCACUCGGAUCCAGUGGAGGACGCGGUGCGAAGCACCGCCGAAGAGGUCGAGGAGCAACCCGCUCGCAGCGAAAGCCUCGAGAGCUCGGGCUCUCGCGGCGACGGAGAAGGCUCGGAAGCGCUGCGCUGGGCGAAGAAGAAUGCCAUUGUGGAACAGAUGCCGCCCUCCGAGGGCAUCUCGCUGGAGCUGCCCAGGAUCUUGUCGGGCGAGAAGAGCUAUGACGAGGUGGAGUUGGGCGAUCACGACUUCCACGCCAUCGCGCUUCAUGAGGAGUUGCACCAAGACCUGAAGCACUUGGAGCUCGAGGGCAUCCAGGCCCCACUGCCCAUCACCGCCCAAGCCAAGCCAGAGUCAGCUGGAGAGGUCUUGAUCCCAGAUUUCAAGAAUCAUCGGCUUCGGAACUUGGCUGGGAGUCUCUUGCUGGAGAUUCCAGUUCCAAGCUCCUUCGAAGAGCUGAUGGACGAGGCGAGCAAGGCAUGUGGCAUGACCCCAGAGCUGAUCAAGCUCGUGUGCAACGGGAAGCCCCUCAAGAACCUUGAAGCGCUUGAUGAGAGUUCACAGGUCGUGGAGUUGCUCCUGAUAGUGGAUGACACGCCCCUGUACACUUGGGACAUUGAAGGAAAUCCCGACAAGGAGCACCUUUCGGCCAGAGGCGCUGUGGUCACCAUGGUGCAUACAGAUAACUGUUGGACUAUGGACUAUGUGAAUGUGUUGAGCCAGUUCCCGGUCCGUCAAGGUGUUCACUUUGUAGAGUUUCACAUGCGCAGACUGCAAGAUGAGCAGUGGUGUGGUGUGACAAUGUUCAAAGACAGAGCAGGUUCUCAGGGUGGAGAUGUACCUGGUUGUUUCUACUACUCAGGUCGCCGAGCCGCUUCCAGCGGCCAUUUGGAUGCCUUUUAUGAGAGGAAACAUCGCCGUCCAUUGCCACAUGUGCAGAGUGGGGAUGUGAUCGGAUUGCUUUUGGAUGCAGACCGACAUGCAGCACUCUUUUCCUUGAACGGCCAAUUUCACGGGGGUUGUCGAUUGCCUGCACUACCCAUGUACUUUUGCACUGCUCUAGAUGUGGAUGGAGACACUGUCGAGUUGAUCCGAUGUCAUGCGGAAGACUUUCCAGUGAAGCUGGAGGAUGUGAUCGAGAGCCCUCAAUUUGUGAACGAAGUGCAGUGUGCAGAGCAAUGUGCAGAGCUGGAGCAGACUUGGCUGGAGAUGGAUGAUGAGGGAAUGAGAGAAUCUGAGGACGAGAACGCCAUGGACAUCGGUGGACCGGAUCAACAUGGACAGUCAGAGCGGAAUCUGGAGGCUGACGAGCUUCAGAUUGAUGCAUGA